GGAACCCCAAAAAGAUCCAAGCUAUUUUUUCAGGUUUGAUUUUGAAGUGAAGAAGAUGAGACCGGUUUUUGCUGGGAACUUGGAGUACGAUACCCGUCAAUCAGAGCUUGAACGCUUGUUCUCCAAGUAUGGCAGGAUUGACCGCGUAGACAUGAAAUCUGGAACUUCUACUAAGGGAAAAUAUGCUGAGCUUCUGUCUUGGCUUGCCAACCUCUCUGCAAAUUUUUUUUUUGGAAGGAAACCUUCCUGCUUGUCUGCUCUCCUUCUACCCACAGAUCUGCAUUUUCUCAUCUGAUCAUUCGUCAUUCACUUACUUCACUUCCCAACAUUGACAUUUCCAUCAGAAUGUUCUUAGUGGGAUCAUCAAUCAAUUUAUUAAGCCAUGCCUAGCAUCACUGAAAAUAGGAGAUCAAUGAAAUUCUGUCAAGUCAUGCCAUUCUAUUUCUGAAAUCAAUUGUGCUGUCUGAAUGGAGAAGCAUGCUUGGCAAUCUCAGAUCUGAAUUUUGGAUUUAAACCUUUAAUUGCAAUCAUGAUUUUGUUCCUCAUUCCACGCCUCUACAGCUUCAUGUGCAUCAGCCCUCACUUAUAUUCAGGUGUUGUAUUCCUUUGUUCCUAACAGGGAAAAUGAUUUCCUGAUUUGGCUGAUGUACUUCUGGUGAGGGAUAACAUGCUGAUGCAUUCCAUCAUCAUCUAUGCUUCUAAUACUAUUUAUGUUGCAGGUUUUGCUUUUGUCUAUUAUGAGGAUGAGCGCGAUGCAGAAGAAGCAAUUCGUGCACUUGACAAUAUUCCCUUUGGUUAUGAAAAGCGAAGGCUAUCUGUGGAGUGGGCUAGGGGUGAGCGAGGGCGUCAUCGCGAUGGCUCAAAGGCAAACCAGAGGCCAACAAAAACUCUCUUUGUGAUUAACUUUGACCCAAUCCGUACUAGAGUUCGUGAUAUAGAAAAACACUUUGAACCUUAUGGAAAGGUUCUUCAUGUUAGAAUUCGUCGGAAUUUUGCAUUUGUGCAGUUUGAAACACAAGAAGAUGCUACUAAAGCUCUAGAGUGUACAAAUAUGAGUAAGAUACUGGACAGGGUGGUGUCUGUGGAGUAUGCUCUGAGGGAUGAUGGUGAGAGGGGCGACAAUUAUGACAGUCCAAGAAGAGGGGGUUAUGAGAGAUCACCCAGUCCAGCUUAUCGCAGGCGACCAAGUCCUGAUUAUGGUCGUCCACGCAGCCCUGUGUAUGAUAGGUAUAAUGGACCAGAUAGGCGGAGGAGUCCUGAUUAUGGCAGACGCAGGAGUCCUGAUUAUGGCAGACACAGGAGUCCUGAAUAUGGUAGAUACCGCAGCCGCUCACCUGUACGAAGGUCACGAACUUAAGUGAUGUCUGGAUUUGGGGUAAGAAAAGCGAGGCUCCAUUGGUACUUCGUUACUUUCUAGUUAGAAUAGCGAGUGGUACAUUAUGUGUAGUAAAGGUACUUCUCACAGUUUAUUGUGGUUUUUGCGUUGUUGCUAUUUAGCAGUCAGUGCAAUUAUGCUUAUAGGUCCUAAAUAUGAACCUGUUAGUUAAAAAAUAGAGGCAUAUUUUUGCAGGGACAUCUUGCUUUGCUACAACUGAAUCCUUAUGUUUUUUCCGGUAUCCUAUUUUUGUAACUAUUUUUACUGAAUGUUCUUACCCAUUAGGUUUAGGCCAUGUCUUGUCGGAGACUAAGUCCAUGUUUGAUUAUUUAAGAGAAAUGGUCUUUCAUUUU